AUGGCGGAUGUCGACGAGAAAGAAAAGGCCGAAAAGCUCGCUGCUGCAAAGAAACGGUAUGAUCAAUUGAAGAAACAAAAAGGGAAAGGGGGCAAAGUUGGAGCAACGAAGAAGAAAGAUGACUUACCGGAAAAUCCCAGUGAAAGAUCAGGUGCCCCAGCGGCUGGCGAGGAAGUAUCUACGGAAGAUGUCGAGCAACGUCAGGAAGAGUCAGAUGGAAAGGACCAAAUUAUGAAGGAUCAAGCCGACUCCGCGGAGAGUGUAUCAUCGGAGCCUAAGAUUGAGACUCCAGAUAAACUACCACACAACCGCCAAGCUUCUUUGAGUCUGCAGUCUAGGAUGAGGUCGUCAUCAUUUCGGAGGACAUCGCUUUCGCAAGGCCCAUUGUCACCUAGCGCAAACGGUGCAAAGUCGCCAGAAUUGGGGGCUUUCUCGCCUGAUGCGGAGUCAGUCAACAUAUAUCGAAAGCAAGCUGCGCGAUUGGAUGAGCUGGAGAGAGAGAAUAAACGUCUGGCUAAAGAGCUUCAAGAAGCGGAACAGAAAUGGAGGAAGGCCGAAGAAGAGCUGGAAGAGCUACGAGAGGCAAGUGGAGAGGUCGCAGAGCUUAAGUCAAAAGCGAAGCGGCUGGAAAGCCUGACAGAAGAGUUGAACAAGACGCGCCAAGAAAACGCUUCUCUCCAACGCCAAUACUCUCAAUUACAGUCUCAAUCCUCGAAGCGUCACGCUUCAUCGCCCAGUCAGGCUAAUGCCUCCAAUCCUAUUCAGUCCCUCCAAUCGCAACUCGACUCGAAAGCUUCCACUAUAGAGUCUAUGGAAAUGGAGAUCUCCAAUUUGCGAUCACAAGUCUCCAACACUUCUCAUAGGGAGCAAGUCAAAGCGUUGGAAGAGAAACUCAACCGAGCAGAACGAGCUGCAGGGGCCGCUCAACGGGAGUUAGCCGACGCAAAAAAGAACUUAGAACGGGCUUCCGAGAAGGCGUUGCGGGAAGGUACCGACAAAACCUCAGUAAAAACCAAAAUCAGAGGCCUAGAGCUCGAAGCCGAGGACUCCAAGAAGUCAGCAGGCGAUUCUCUCAAACGUAUCGAUGCGCUCGAGAAGAAAUUGCAAGCCCUAACCAAUAUGCACAAAGACGCUGAUGGCCGCCGGCAAGCAUCCGAGCGAGAGCGAGAGCGGCUCGAGAAAGAAACUAUAAGAUUUCACCGACGAUUGGCGAGUCUAGAAAACGACAACCUCAAGUUGCGGGAAGAGCGUGAGCGGCUAAGAAAACACGACUCUGCCGCCGGCGCAGACGACGAGGCUCUGGACGAACUCGAAGACGGCGAGCGGAGAAAGCUUGAAACUACGGUCCGCGAUUUAGAGACAGAAGUUUUCGAGCUCCGCCGAGGAGUCUGGCGGGACAAACGGCGAGACAUGCAAGGGGGUAUGGACGGUUCUGACAGCAUGACGAGCACGGGAGGGAAAUUCGAUGAUGUCGAUCUCAGUGGCCCUACCCUUUCGAAUCUUCGAAGACCGAGUAUGGGCGGUAAAACGACAACGAGUAAACAAGGCUCAAGCUUCUCGGAUGUACUGAACAGUGGUAUAAGUGCGUUCACUGGCGGGAAGGGCCAGGAUGACCUUUUGGAUGAGUUUGAUGACGGUGCUUUCGAUGAGACGGCCUUCUUGCAGGCACAGCAGGAGGAGGCGCAGAGUAGAAUUGAACGGGUUAGGGACAUCAAGCGAGGGUUGAAGGAUUGGCAAGGGUGGAGGAUGGAUAUCGUUGAUUUAAGGAAGGUUGGCGGCGGAGGAGUGGGAGAAAUUUUUGAAGUAUAA